AUGACAGAUCACCGGCCACUUAUCCCAAUCCUCAACCACUACACACUGGAUGCAGUCGAGAAUUCUUGCCUUCAGCACCUCAAGGAUAAGAUUGCAUCCUACCUGUACACAGCAGUGUGGCGUGCAGGCAAGCAACUGUGCAUCUCAGAUGCCUUGUCGCGAGCCCCAACAAGCCAUCCCGCUCCAGAGGAUGACGCUUCAUGUGCUGAUUUGGCAGCCACAUCAGGGCUGUCCUCACUGUCAACGCUGCUGUACCAGAGGAAGAUACUCUGCCUCAGGAUGCCGAUAGGACUCUGCAGGAGCUCUGAGAAGCAGCGCGGACGGACUCUUCGUACGUCCGUCUCCUACGAUCUCCAGAGUGACCUACUACCGUACUGGAAACUGAGGGAUGAUCUCUCCACUGACGGGGAUCUCCUUCUUUACAAAGCAAGAACCAUAGUCCCCGCUACCCUCAACCGCCACACCCUCUCCCAUCUCCAUGACAGCCACAGAGGUGUGGAGGCAACAAAACGCAGAGCUCGACAGGCUGUCUUCUGGCCCGGCAUCAACUCAGAUAUCACCAAUACGGUGAAAUCUUGUGAGUUUUGCUAG